UACGUGCAGUGCGUUAGCGGUGUGUGUUUGUGUUGCUACCAUAGACUGUAUUUGACAGCUCGACUGUUCUGUUCCUGCGCAUUACCAUUACAGACCAUCCGACACCGACGGUGGGAGGGGGCACAUUUUCUCUUGAGUUGACAGCGCAGGAUAUUAUAAAUGUGUGGUUUUAUGUAGCGCGCUAAAGAUUCACGAAACGGAGGCCAUGUACCGAUCAGCUCAGGUUUGAUCGUAGCAGAUGCUCGGACCUGAAGACUGGUGCUGAAAUUACGAAGACAUGAUGUAGCCAUUGAGCUGGUGAUCUGUAGCUAGUCUGCGUCCAAAGACGGUGUUUCUCAUCUGAUCGGUAAUAUUUCCUUUCUGUUUUUUUUUUAAAUACUGGAUCUACAUUCGGCGUCAUAUAUGCGCGUCCAGCAUUUUUGUUCAUCGUAGGCUCGUUCCGAGUCAGCUGAACUGACCGAUCUGAGUCAGUUGCCCAAAAAUGCUGUCUAGGUAGGCAGCUCGCUAGGCUUUGAAACAGCUUUUCGAAUGGUGACCAGUGAAGGGGACGUAAACAUGCAUGUUUUGAUAUGAACACCGUUAUUGAAUACAAGCUUAGAUUAGCUGUCAAGAAGAAGGGAAUUGAAAUGAAUCGCUAAAUGGGUCAUGAUAAGCUAUUUCGACGUUGCAAAGCUUUACUGACCCAGAACAACCUGGACUGUCAGUAAUGUGACAGAAUCGGAACGGGUUUGUAUGAGACAGGCUUCGCACAGGACUAGACUCUGCAACCGAUCUGAGUUUUCUGGAAGAAGUUCUGCACUUCUCCGGUUUCAGAGUUCCAACCUUCGUGAGUCAAGAUUUUCAACCUUUCAUAAACAUGAGACUUAAGUGAACAGUGAUUAGGGAGAUGACGACUUUCCAGGACAUGAGCUGGCUGGUUCAGGUGGCGCUCUUCUGCGCCUCGCUGCUGGUUGUAUUAGCCUGGUUCGUUCAGUUCUCACUGGCGUUGCUUCGCCCUAGGUGGUGCACGAGGGUCCCGGGUAAGAGGGAGACCCCUUGGCAGCUGCCCUUGAGUCUCACCCACCAGACAUUGACGGGCGGCGUGUGGGGUUCCCUCCUGAGGCUGAGGCUGGGGCGAGACGGGGCAGGGAGUGACACUGAGGCGGGCGUCAAAGGUCUUUUGUCCUCGCUUUUUGCGUUCAAGUCAUUCAGGGAGCACUGGCAGAGAGCCUGGGUCCGGGCACUCAACGAACAGGCCUGUAGGCAAGGGAGCUCCAUUCAAAUCACCUUUGAUGACAGUCUUCAGCUCCCAACUUCUGCAUCCAUUGACCAUGUGACUUGCACUGACCAAUCAGUACGCAGCAUGGUCCUGCAGUGCAAUUGUUCAGUCGGCACAGUAUCAUUCCCCGUGACUGUCACUCAGCAGUCACCUGCAGCCGUUUCCAUGGAUACCUACCAGAUCACGAUGAAGCCCAUGCAGGCCCAGUUGCAGGUUUGUCUUGAGGAAGUGGAAGAAGAGGGUCUCCUUGUGUCCUGGACUUUUUCCAAGCAACCUCAUCUCUCUUUAACCGUAACACCAUGCCAUAGAGUCCAUAAAGAGGGGUCUGACGUGGAGGUGGACAGUGAAAUGAUUGCAGCGCUGGUGGAGGACACACUGUACACAACACACCCUGCCAUGAUCCUCAACCUGAGAGCCUGUGUAUCAAGCCCAGCGUUUCCCAGGGAGAAGCAGAUCGGUGGUCUGAACUCUCCAUCUCAGAGCACGCCUGUCAGGUGCAUCUUGGUGCACCAACUCAAAGCAACCAAUGUCAAAAAAGGAUGUCAGACUCAUGUAGGAGAGCUUUGUUGUGUGCUGAGUGUGGACACUCCUUCCAUUGAACGGAGAACCGGCUUUCGUACUCCUUCCCCCAGUCCUGGAGCAGCCCUGCACUGGACUGACGACUUCAAACUGGAAGUAGGACCAGAAACCAAAGAACUCAAAGUAAGACUUGUGGAGAAGAACAGCAGAGGAGAACAGUUUCUGCCUGGUUGUGCUUCCUUACAACUGGAUCUCUCUAAAAGAAUUCCUAAUGGACAUCAUAAACUGUCCAUCGCACCAGGUCAUGGUCUGGCUCCAACUGCAAUUGUAACAUUAGAACUGUUGUAUUUGGAGUCCAGUGAUUUGCGUGCAUGUCAGAAUGCCACUCCUCUGCGAUCCUCAGUCACCCCCUCAAAGAAGGUGGACGUGGAUCGGACCAUCAUGCCCGAUGGCACCAUAGUCACCACAGUAACCACCAUCCAGUCACGACUAAAACUGGACCGCAAACUAGGAACUGCAGGAGACUCUCCGUCUAGGUCUCCCUCAAAGGUGGAGGUGACUGAAAAGACUCCCACCGUGCUCACAAACAGCUUGCAGAGCACCAGUACCAGUCCCACUCCCAGCAGCACCCUCCCUAAUGGGCUGGAUCCCGUAGCAGAAACGGCCAUUCGGCAGCUAACUGAGUCGGCCAGUAAGGUACCCAAGAAGACACCUACUAAACGCAGCACUCUCAUCAUAUCUGGGGUGUCAAAGGUCCCCAUUACUGAAGAUGACUCAGCCUUAUCAGUGGGCUACGCUGCAGCAAUGGACGCAGCCCUACAGGGGGCACAUUCUCCCAGCGGAGCCCCGAACCACCAAGGAGCAUCCACACAUCAGGAAGCAGACGAGACUACGCCGUCUGACGUGUCCGAGCGACCGUCCGUGGAUGAUGUGGAGUCAGAAACAGGAUCAACCGGAGCACUGGAAACACGCAGCCUCAAAGACCACAAAGUGGGAUUCCUCCGCAGUGGCACCAAGCUACUAUUCCGCAGGAAGCACAGAGAGAAGGACCCCAGUUUCAGUCAGUCCCACGAGGACGUCUCAAACCUGGACAAUGACUCCUCCACAGCCUCCUGCUCCUCCACCAGCCGUAAAAAGUCUGGAAGCUUCUCUCGUCGCCUCAUCAAACGCUUUUCGUUCCGCUCGUCCAAGACAAAGGGCAAAUCCAACACAGCCAAUGGAGGGUCCAGCACUACAGAUAACUAAAGGAGAAAUAGAGAGAAAGAGACACGGUGCGGGCACCAGUCACAUGAGUGUGGAAUUGGCUCCAAAUUUCUCCAGAACUUGUUAUUUAUGUUAUAUACUGAUUGUCCAUAACCUAGUGGGGUAACGUAAUACUUCAGACCACAUUGCACCCAGGAAACCAGCCUUGUUUUGGUGUUGUUUCUUUUUUGACUGGAACAUCAUCUACGAUUAAGCUAUUCAGGAUGGAAAACGCCAAAAAAAAAAAAAAAGUGGAAAAUCAAAGGAUUUGACUAUUUAUGAAUGCAUCGCUUACCUAAUUAAAAUGAUCAAGCUGAUAAAAAGGCUGCUUUUGUGGAUGAUCAUGAGCGAACAAACUUGAAAAACUCAAAAUGGACGGGUGUCAUGCGGUUAUUGAGCACAAGGGGGCGGCAUAGACCAAUGACUAUUGAUGCCUCCAACACUGUCGCUAUGUGUUGUUUUUCUUAUUUAUUUUAUUUCAUCAGUUGCACUUUGGAUCUUAAUCUGAUUGUUUACAACGCUGGGGAGCUCGUUUUCUGUCGUUUUAUCAUGUUUGUGUAUCGUUUACUGUUAUCAGCACUGAUUUAUUUCUCCUGAGCUCAUUAGGAGUAUUUCCAGAGUGUGAAAUGACAUGCUGUGAGCUUUGUUCUCGUUUUGCUGUUGCUAUAGCAUUUAGAUCAAGGGAUAUUAUGCCCUGUUUUCAAAUAGUGGUACGUUUGACUUUCAUUGUGGCUUAAUAAUCUUUUAUAAUGAUGUUUCUGUUUGUUUAAGAAAACAGGAAACGUUCAUAAGUUACUGUAGGCAUAUCUCACUAAAUUACGUUCGUGUUUUGGUUGUGAAGUAUAAGCCCUUCAUAUGACAAAAGGGAUACACUACAGGAAAAGAAAUCAUUUGUGUAUAUUUAUAAAUUAUUCCACAAAUUAUUGUAAAUGUUAGGCUACAUCAAUCUGAAUCUGCAGCGGAGAAAAGUGCUAUUUUCAGGGUCCGCGUGAAAACAAACCUCAGGGGAUAACGUUACUAUGAAAAGGUAAAAACAUGUUUUAUCAUUUUAUCUAUCUCAUUUUUUCUUUCAGAGAUGGCUACUUGAACAAAACAGGCGGUACCCCAGUAACACACAACCCCGUUUCCUCUUUUUAUUCAUUUAGUUGCAAUAACUUAUCCAGAGGAGCGGGCAUCCGUACGUGUUUUACUUAAACACAAGUAGAUUUUAUUCUUGGUAAUUCCAUAGAUGGCUUUUAUGAUAGUAUUGAGAAGAACAUUUUAAUAUUUUUCAGAUAAACUAGUUAUUCGCGUUAAAGGUAGUUCACGCAAAAUUCUAGCAUUAUUCACCUCGGUUUACUUUCUGUGGAUCAUAGAUGCAUCAUGCAGUGGUAAAAUCUCUUUUUGUACUGAAAGUCAUAGAGGUUUGAAACAACUUCAUUGUGGCUGGGUAAAUGAACACAAAUCUGAUUUUGGGUGAACUAAGUUAUAAGGAAUCUCUUUUGCCGUAUCCCUCCCUCAUCCCAUAUGAUCGGUGCAUAUUUCAGCAUUUGGUUCUACUGGAACUCUGGAGAAAAAAAAAAAAGACAACUGGUUGUCAAGUUAACAGAAUUUAAUUACUACAGGAAAACAUUUACCUAUAAAACGCUGACUCGCAGUUCAUGAAUCAACGACAAAGCGUUUGUUUGUUAUAGUUAGUCUAACUCCUGGAGCAUAAAGCCUGAAAAUGUUAUAUGACCAGAAUGAUAUAACAGCGAACAAUCUAAAACGAGUGGACCUUCUAAGCUAUUCGGAGCUUUAUAUUA